UCGGAAGGCUCAGAGAGCACUCCAAUCUCCACUCGCUAUCAAGCCGGUGCUAUCAUAUUACUACCACUGGAAGGCCCUACCCAGAUCUACUAAGCUCAUUUGCUGCUGGCGGUCGGUCCUCCUCCUCCUCCUCCUCACUCACUCACGCGCGGCAUUAACUGUAACGAGGAACGCCCGCACGCCCUCACGCCCGAGCCGCCUAGAAGAAGAAGAAGGAAGGGAAAAAUAAUAAAAAGACCCCUACCGCCAUAUCAUUGCUACGACGCGUAUCCAUGUCGUAGGAGGAGGACGUAUUUAUAUAUACGUCUUCAGCAGCGGCAGGAGCGCCCUAGGGUGUGGAUGGUUUGGGGGCGUUGCAAGCAACGGCAUCAUCAGCAGCAGCAGUAGCAGUAGCAGUAGCAGUAGAGGGUGCCCUCCUCUUAAUCUUUUUUUUUUCCUCUUAUUCUUCUUCUGCUUCUUCAUCUUCUUCAUCUUCCUUCGCCGCCAAGGGCAAGGAAAAGAGAGAGAGAGAGCGAGAGAGCGAGAGAGAGAGAGAGAGAGAAAGAAAGAGAGAGAGAGAGAGAGAGAGAGAGAGACACGCACCACAGCCUGCUGCUGGCUGCAGCACCCAAGUGAUCUGGUGCCAGAGCUCUUGUGAGGACGUAACUUUUACCAUCAUCCCCACCAGCAGCAGUGUCGCCGCCCGACCAACCGCCCGCACGCCCGCCGGCCGCCCAGUGUAUAACUCUUGACCUGAAGGUGACUCAAGAGUGCCAUCGAGUCUGUGAUCCAUAUCUUCGGCGCCAAUGAGGAGGUGGUGGUGCGGCGCCCCCUCCUCCUACUCCUCCUCCUCCUACUCUUACUCCUCCUCCUACUCCUCCUCCUCCUAUCCCUCCUCCUCCUCUUAUUCCUCCUACUUCUCCUCAACCUCCUCCUCGUACCAGGUGUCUCGGCAUCGAUUGAGCUCGAGGUGACUCUUGACUUUUUUACAAUACCAAGGCUCUCUGUGGGGAUCACUUCUUUUGUUAUGCACCUUUAGGGCGACUCUUGAUCUGUUUCUGGGGGGGGCAGGUGCUCGAGGAUUUUGUCACGGGGGGGCCAGAACUCCCCCCUUCUUCUUCGACGUCGUCGUCGUCGUCGUCCUCCUCCUCCUACUACUACUAGUGCUUGAUAGAAAAAAAAAGAAAUCAAAAAAAGAAAAAUAAGGAAAAUUUGUGACAGUUCCUGGAAUGAAAAGUGACUGGAAAAACGGUUGAUCAUUUUUUUAGGUGAAGUUACAUAAGACGCAGAAGAAGUGGCAGAAGAAGAAGAAGUAGAAGAACAGAAAGGACGCAGAAGAAGAAUAAGGAGACCAGUACUGAUACUGGAAGGUGUUCGAGGGUUGUGCGAAGUUCAGUGUGGAAAAAGGGGGUAUCCCUAGAAAAAAAAAAGUGAAAAAUAAAGAAAAAAUAAAACGUGCAAUUGCGAGAGAGAGAAUCUGAUCGGAAGUAAACUGGAAACUCUAGAAGGAAUAUUAAUAAUAAUAGCCAAUCAAUAAACAGAAAUAUUAUCCACAAUAAGAGAUUCUGAUUAGAUCCUGGAAACUGGCGCCUCUGGAAAGAAUAUAAUAAUAAUAGAUAAUAAAUAAAUAAUAUUAAUAACAUAAAUUAUCAUCCACGACAACUGGAAGGUCUGGAACGAAGGCCUGGAACGAAGGCGGGACAAGGGACAUGUCGGGUUAGGUCCGUUAGGUCAUGAGUGGUGGAAGCCCCAGGACGAAUCAGCCCUUCUCCGUGACCUCCCUACUCAGCCCCUUGGACACCCUCGCCUCGUCCGUCGACGUAGCAGCGGCGGCGGCGGCAGCGGCAGCAGCAGCAGCAGCAGCAGCGGCGGCAGCAGCGGCAGCAGGGGGGAGGGGCACCACCAGCAGUGGCAGCAAUUCGGCCGCCGUCUCUAGUAGUGGCAGCAGCAGCAGCGGGAAUAUCUGUACCACCACCAGCAGCAGCAGCUCUAGCUCGUUCGCAGCGGCAGCAGCGGCAGCUGCGGCAGCCCAGGGCAUCGUCGCCUCCUCCUCUUCCUCCUCCUCCUCUUCCUCCGCCUCGGCGGGACCGCCGUCGUCGUCGUCAGUCAGCGACUUCGCCGCCGCCACCAUGCAGAACCCCUACGGCGUGAGCCCCAUGGCUCAUAUGGCGCAGUUCGGAACGCACUCCACCUACCAGUACUGCAACACAGACCUCUCCCACUACGCCGCCCCGGCCUCCGCCUCCUGGUACGGCACGUCCUCGUCGGAUCCCAGAUUCGCAACGCAUCUUCUCGACUCGCAUGCCUUCUCGAGGCUCAUGGGAGGAUCCAACAUGAACAUGAACAUGGGAAACGUGACGUCGCUCUCGACUUGCAGUAUGGCCGACAACAAAGCAAUGCAGUUUCCCCUCUCACAACGAAGAAAACGGAGGAUCCUGUUCACCCAAGCGCAGGUGUACGAACUGGAGAGACGGUUCAAGCAGCAGAAAUACCUGUCGGCGCCAGAGCGGGAACACCUGGCAUCUCUCAUCAACCUAACACCUCAACAGGUCAAAAUAUGGUUCCAGAACCACCGGUAUAAAAUGAAGAGAGCGGCCAAGGAGAAGGCCAUGUCCGAACAGAACUCCUCCUCAAACAGCCAGAGCGCCACCUCCCCCCGCCGCAUCUCCGUUCCAGUCCUGGUGAAGGAGGAGAACGCCACCAAAGGUUCCUCGUCGUCGUCUUCGUCAGGCGGCGUCGAGGGGAAGCUCGGCCACCACCGAGAGACCUCCUCCUCGACGUCCGCCUCCAGCCUAGUGGCCGCGAACACUUCCAGCCUCCUCCCUGCACACCUCACCUGCGACUCGGCGGCGGGGCCCCUGGACCACUUCCGCAGCCAGGGGUCUGGAACGCCCGUCAACGCCUCCGCCUUCCCUUCCAUGACGCCCCUUCAUCACAACGCCAAUAACGCUUAUCUCCACCAUCAGCGCGCGUGGUAGAUGAUGAUGAUCAGGGCGGUGAUUCUCUCCGGGUGGUAGUGUAGCUACCUCCCCCACCCCCCCAUCCCCCCACCAAAACUCGCGCCGAAAGCAGUCAACAGCAGCUGGAACAACCCUUCGGAUUCUCCUAAGGUAUUCCAGGAUGGAGGACGAAGGAGGAGGAGGAAGUCGAGAAGGUGUAGGAAGGACUUCUGAAUGGACAACAAGGCCUGGAAGGGCUUAAAAUGUGUGACACUCAAACUUCCAGAGGCUAUAAACAGCAGAAACCUUUUCGUAUUCUCCUAAGGCAUUCCAGGACGGAGGACGAAAGAGGAGGAGGAGGAGGUGGAAGAGGAAGUGGACUUCUGAAGGGACAUCGAGGCCUGGAAAGGCUGAAAAAAAAAAAAAAGUGACACUUGAAAUCUCGAGAGGCCGGACACAGUAUCUACCAUUUCACCGAGUGAUGAGACUGCGAUAAUAUCAAUUUACGCUUGUAUGUAAGGUCGGUUGUGAAAGCAGAUGCGUACAGUGACAAAAAACGGAAAAUAAAAUUAGAUAUAAAGAGAGCUAACGCUCUGAAAUGAAAUAGGAAAUUGAAAUUAGAUAUAAAUACCCAAAUCUCUGCCCUAACCAUUGUUGAUCGUGUCUCGCGGGAGCGAAUACCUGCAUAACACCUGCAUACGAAUCAGCCCCUCUGGAACCUGGAAAAUGAUCUUUGUGCAAACAGCAGAUCUUUGCUGUGCACCGUUGCAUCACAGAAGGAAGGGGGUAGAGAGAGAGAAGAGAGAGAGAGAGAGAGAGAGAGAGAGAGAGACAAAACCGUCGCCUGCCCAGCCAACAGCCCUCGGCCCGGGGGAUAAAGUAAGCACUCCUUUCCAUGGCGGGGUAGUGGUGAACUCCACGUUGGGAAAAUAAAGCGAAAAACACUCGAAAGUAAAAUGAGUCAUUAGUAUUCCAGUCUCGUUUCGUUUCCAGCCCCCUUAAAAAUGGAUCAGGGCUGGGGGCUGCUGGGGCUGGGAUGGGUGGGCUAGGAGUCCUCACGGAGUCAGCAGGAGUAAGUAAGAGGCUGACUGACUGACUGACUGACGUAGCACCAUCAGCAACAAAGGGAAGAGAUAUUUACUAUCGUCCCGGGCCACCUUCAGCAGCCGCAGCAGCAGCAGCUGUGUGAACUUGUGAUGACUCUCUCGGUAUUUAUAAAAACUUUUGUGUGAUCUGGUAUAAUGUGGUGGCCGUGGCCUGCUCAGAGGCGUGACUCGCCUCGAGAUUAUCUCUCUCUCUCUCUCUCUCUUUCUCUGUCUCUCUCGUUAGGUAUUCAUGCCACACAACUGUACAGGAUAGAGGAGAGAUAACAGUGACUCUGCGCGAUGGUGAAGGAUGUUUAUUUUCCUCGGGUCUUCUUGGGCCUUUUAAAGGAGCGUCAAGAUGUUUCUGCUGGUGGACGGAGGCAGAGGGAAAGAAAUAGAAAAAAUGGAAGAGGAAGAAAGAAGGGAGAAGGAAGGAAGGAAAGACAGAAAUGAGAUGACAGGAGAAAUUGUCUUAAUCUUAAUCUUCUACUCUUCGCUGCUGCUGAUUCGACUUAACGUUUGGGCGAUCGACAUGGCUGGUAAAAUUAAUUUUAUCUAAUGCCUAUUUUUAAUAAUGAAUUCAAGAGAGGUAGUGUUUGAACGUGGAUGGUAAAAUUAAAUUUAAACUUCUUACAUGGAUUUAUGCAAUCUAGUUCUUAAUUAUUUUGGAAAACGUGGAUUGGAAGUAAGGGAAUUUAUUUUAAUUUUCGUUAACUCACGAUGAUCAUUUUGCAUAAAGAAUUACAAGUAGGGAACUUAUGGCUGUGUUCAUUUUCAUUUUCGUCAUUUUUACAUUCUUCAUUUAUCGCAUCAUUCAUUUAUCUCCUUAUGUCCUUAUUCCCCCUCAAUUAUUCCUCACCUCCUUCGUAACCAAGUCUCCUCCUUUCUAGGGUAGCGGGUAUCAAUGAAUCCCACGAAGACUGUAGUUGGCCAGUUGGUCUGGAUGGGCAGGUCCUCCAAUUAAUAAGCACAAGGAUAAAAUUCUCUCUCUCUCUCUCUCUCUCUCUCGCUCUCUCUCUCUCUCUCUCUCUCUCUGUCUAGUCGUUAGUUGAAGUGUGUGUGUGACUGAGUGCCCACAGGCUCUCUACAUCAUCAUCAGCAGCAGUAGAGCUGUGGCUAGAAAAGGUAUGGAACCUGGAACCUGGAAUUUGUUCGUCGGAUGCUGGAAGCUGGAAUUUGUCGUCGGAUGCUGGAACCUGGAAUUUGUCGUCAGAUGCUGAAACCUGGAAUUUGUCGUCAGAUGCUGGAACCUGGAAUUUGUCGUCAGAUGCUGAAACCUGGAAUUUGUCGUCGGGUACUGGAAACUGGAAUUUCGUCGGAUGCUGGAACCUGGGAAAUGCUGGAACACAGAAGAAGCUGGAACCUGGAAUUUGUCGUCGGAUACUGAAACCUGGAAUCUGUCGUGGGAUGCUGGAACCUGGAAUCUGUCGUCGGAUGCUGAAACCUGGAAGAUGGUGGAACCUGGAAUCGGCCGUGGGAUUUUGGAACCUGGAAGCUGCUGAAACCUGGAAUUUGUCGUCGGAUACUGGAACCUGGAAUGUGUUGUCUGAUACUAGAACCUGGAAUCUGUCGUCAGAUGCUAGAACCUGAGGAUGCUGGAACCUGGAAGCUGCUGAAACCUGGAAUCUGUCUUGGGAUGCUGGAACCUGGAAUCAGUCGUCGGAUGCUGUAACCUGGAAUUUGUCGUCUGAUAAUAUAACCUGGAAUUUGUCGUCAGAUGCUAGAACCUGGAAGAUGCUGGAAACUUGGAAUCUCUCGUGGGAUGCUGGAACCUUGAAUCUGUCGUCGGCUGCUGGAAACUGUAAUUUGUCUCCUGUGUGGCUAUAUAGAGAUCUGUCUGUUGGUUAGUUGGUUGGUUGGCCUGGUGGGGGGUAGGGGGUGGAGGUUGGCAGGGAUAGUGGUAGUAGUAGUAGUAGUAGUAGUAGUGGUGGUGGUGGUAGUGAUGGUGCUGUCACGGCUAUGUUGUUUUUCCAUGGAGCGCACACCGGCCUUCUCAAGGGCCCUUCAGCUCGAGGGCCGGCGUCCGAAUGCCAUCUCUUUGACCGCGGCUUCUGCUCGGAAAUCAAACGCGAUUCGAUCUCCUUUUGAGGAAUCGCGCUCAUCUUAAACAAUAUUUCCUUCGCGAUGAAAGCAGUGACGAAGCUGCUUCUACACUCUCUCUCUCCCCCACCCCUCUCUCUCUCUUUUAGGGAAGCUAAAGGCGGAGCCACAAGCAACGGCGGGAAGAUUGGGACGACACAUACCAUUUGGUUGGUCCAGCCGUAUUGAUCGGCGAAGCCGGACUUCAUAGAACCACAUCCUGGAAUGUGGGAGAUACAAGAGUGAAGGGGGAAGAGGGGGAAGGGGAAGGGGGAGGGGAGAGAAGGGUAACGAAGGGAGAAAUGCAUAAAAAAAAAUAUAUAUAUAUAUUUUUACGGCGGUGAAAAAACAAAAUGUCGCCAUGCCUCUCUGGCGAUGGGUAGGGGGACACUUCCCAUGUGUUUGUGCUACUACUACCUGCUUACUGCUAGCUACUGCUGCUACCCUUCCUGCUGAUACCCCUUUGCGAGCGCGCGAGCGAGCGAGUGGGCAGCUCCAGCUCCAUUAGAGCCACGCUCUUUCAUUCCAUAAGCCCUUAAUCCGUCUUACCCUGGUGUUCAUUUCAUCAUUAUUAUCAACACUAUCUUUGUCAUUAUCAUCACUGUAUCCUCUCGUUCCUUUCAUCAUUAUCAUUUUUAUUAUCACCAUCAUCGUGACCUUCACUAUUGCAUCAUAGCCUGGAACAUGACUGUUGAUAACGUCACUAUUUUCCCGAUUAAUCGAAAAAAAUGAAACCUUUAAAUUGAUAAAAAAAAAUUAACGUUCGAAUUUAUAAAAGAACCGUUUAAACUGAUGAAAAUAGAACGUUUUGAAUUGAUAGAAAGUAAACUUUACAUUGAUGAAAAUUGAGAUAUUUAAAUUUAUAAAAAAAGGAACGUUUAAAUGAGUAAAAUAGACGUUUAAAGUGAUAAGAAUUAAAACGUUUAAAGUUAUAAAAAAUCAGAACGUUUAAAGAGAUAGAAAAUCAAAAUGUGUUUAAAUUGAUAUAAAAUGAACGUUUAACUUGAUAAAAAUCAAUUUUAAAAAUUCAUAAAAACUGAUCAAAAUUGAUAAAAAAAAUUUAAACCCUUACAUAAAAAGUGAACAUUUAAGUCGAUAAAAAAUAAACGUUUAAAUUGAUAAAAAGGAAGAAUUGAAAUGAUUAUAAAGAAAAGCGUUUGACUUGAUAAAGAAACAUUUGAAUUGAUAGAGAGCAAACGUUUGACUUGAUAAAAGAAAUUCCAAUCGAUAAAAAGCAAACGUUUGAAUUCAUAAAAAAAGUGUGAAAUAAUACAGUGGAGUUACACUCUCCCGAACUCCCACGAAUCCACUGUUUAAUUUCAGUCAUUACUUCUUCUCACUUGGCUGGAAUUCGCUUGGUCGAAUUAUCUUCUGGCUUAUUAAAAAAAAAGUUUUAAUUUAUUCUAAAAAAGGCUUGGUUCACUUUUUAAAAAAGGCUUAAUUAAAAGGCUAAAAAAGUCCGCUCACGAAAGGCUAAAAGGCUAAACGUUUUGUUCUUCAGCAGUGAAAGAGCCAAAACGUUUUGUUCUUCAGCAGUGAAAGAGCCAAAACGUUUUUUGUUCUUCAGCAGUGAAAAAAGCCAAAACUUUUUGUUCUUCAGCAGUGAAAGAGCGAAAACGUUCUGUUCGUCAGCAGCGAAAAAAGCUACAACGUUUUGUUCUUCAGCAGUGAAAGAGCGAAAAAGUUUUGUUCUUCAGCAAUGAAAAAGAAAUACCUUUUGUUCUUCAACAGUGAAAAAGAAAAAAAACGUUAUGUUCUUCAGGAGUGAGAGCGAAAACGUUUUUUGUUCUUUGACAGGUGAAAAAGGUAAAAACGUUUGUUCUUCGGCAGUAAAAAAGCAGAAAACGUUUUGUUCUUCAGCAGUGAAAAAGCCAAAACGUUUUGCUCUUCAGCAGUGAAAAAUCGAAAACGUUUUGUUCUUCAGCAGUGAAAGAGCCAAAACGUUUUGUUCUUCAGCAGUGAAAAAAAAAACCGUUUUGUUCUUCAGCAGUGAAAAAGUGAAAACGUUUUGUUCAGCGAAAACAUUUUGUUCUUCAGCAGUGGAAAUGUAAAUAAAGUUUUGUUCUUCAGCAGUGAAAAAACCAAAACAUGUUCUUCAGUAGUGAAAAAGUAAAAAAGAAAAUUUGUUCUUCAGCAAUGAAAAAGUCAAAAUUUUCUUUGGGUUUUUCAGCAGUGAAUAAUCGAAAACGUUUUGUUCUUCAGCGGUGAAUAAUCGGCAACGUUUUGUUCUUCAGCAGUGAAAGAGUGGAAACGUUCUGUUCUUCAGCAGUGGUGAGAAGAGAAAGUAGAAACAGGUUAUUGGAAUUCGUGUGUCCUCUCUUUCCCUCCCUUGUACAUAGUGUAACAAAAGAUACUGGUGGACAUUCCAGUCUUAACUUGAACUGGAAACGCAUUUUGCAUACAAGUCUCUGGAGUCGUGGAUACCGCCUGGAAAAGAAAAAAUAACUAGAAAAAAGACUUAAUUAACAGACAUUUCUCCUUGUCCAGAGCCUCAGAAAAAUAUAGGGUUCUUCCGUUGUUCGUGUAGGAGUGACACUUAAUAUUCCUUGACAUCUGGGUUUCUGGUCCUUUUCUCCCUCUAUCUGUCCUAUCUAUCUUUCUCUCCGUCUAUCUAUCUUUAUCUCUUGUCUCUCUGUUUCUCUCUGUUUCUCGCUCUUAGGGACCUGGAUAACAGUGCUAGAGAAAUGUACAUAGUGUAAAUAGUCAUCCGAUGUCGACGUAGGUAUGAAUAACGCUUCCUUACCCCCCUCCCCCCUCCCUCUACCAACCCAGUCAACCCCCUCUCCCCAUCCUCCCCCCCUCUAAUAAAUAAACAACUCUUCCAUAAAACGCUAUGUAUCCCGUCUUCGUCUUAUGAUAAAACAAAUAAUUAUAAUAAUGAUUAUCAUAACAGUUAAUAAAAAUAACUAAAUAACUAAUUGUGUGUCGUGAUCACCAAAAGGCGUUUGUAAGGGGGUUAUAAAGGUUAUGUCUGGAAAAAGAACAACAACUACUAAACGGCCACGCCCCCCUAAUCUGGUGAUAACGUAUCAUGUGUCCUUUUAGAAGUUUAUAGUGACCCUUCGUUUUUAAGUAGGAACACUAUUUUAAUUCUUUAUUAUUAAUUUUUUUUUCUUUUUAAUUCAGUGACCUCCGUUUCGUUCCAAUUAUGUGCCGACCUCACCCCCAUCCACCACCAUCCCCCCCUCCCCCCACAUCGCCCCCCUUUAUAAAAGCGAAUGAUUAAUAAAACGUUCAGAAGAAGAUGAGAGGAAAGACAGACGAAUUGGCGAGCGGAGUUAACUGGUAAACGAACGAUAAUUACAGGUACAAAGUGACUUGAUUAAAAGUAGUAAAAAAAAGUAGAUUCGAGUGUCUGGAAAACGAUUAUGUGACGGUAAAGUAAUUAAGCGAAAUAUGUCAGUGAAAACGUGAAAAUAUGAAAAUGGGCAGGGAUACUAAAAGAGACAGAGUAUAAUAAUUUAACAUUAAAAUGGAAAAAGAAAUUGAUGAAUUCUAUCAAGGCAAAUUUAGCUUAGAUAAUUACCUCGCUGGUGGCUUUGUACUUACUUGACAAAUACGGCGAAUGGAAGAAAGGUUUGAAUUCGGGCUGUGUCGAGUCCAGUUUCAGACUGAAGUCAAAUGAUUUUGACAGAUGCUUUCACGUGUAUUAAAUUAAUUGUGCAGGUGUGGAAAUUUGGCAACUUACUUUGUUUUUAUAGUGCUGGUUGUUAAAUUGAUUGUGUGUAGGUCUGGAGAUCUGGAUACAAAGUAGUUUCUAUAUUUUUCUCCAGUGCUGGGGAUGUUUUUACUUGUCCUUGUGUCUUGUUGCUUUCAAGCCAAAAAACAAAUCUUGCUUGUGAUGUAUUUGAUAUUAAGUAAAAUUUUUAUGUACUUGAUUUUUUAUUUGAAGUGGAUAGUCUCUUUGAUAUUAAGUAAAAUUUAUAUGUAAUUGAUUUUUUUUGAAGUGGAUAGUAUCUCUCUCUGUCUCUCUGUCUCUCUCUCUCUCUCUCUCUCUCUCUCUCUCUCUCUCUCUCUCUCUCUC